AUGACCAAGACCUCGGAAAAGAAGCCAUGGAUUCUCAAUGCCUUCGCUAUGUUUUCCCCCGGGCAUCUGUCCCCUGGGCUCUGGAAGCACCCGCAGGAUCGCGCCGGUGACUUCACCGACCUCUCCUACUGGAUCGAGCUAGCAAAGGUGCUCGAGAAGGGGAAAUUCCACGGCCUAUUCCUAGCAGACCAUCUCGGAAUCUACGACGUAUACAAAGGCCCAGCGAACAGAGAACCCGCCUUGUUAUCGGGGGCUCAAUUCCCAAUUGGCGAUCCAUUGUGA